AUGACCAGCCUGCAGAGACCCUCACUGCCCCUGUUGGCUGCUUUAGCUCUAACACUGGUCCUGGCUGUGAGCCCUGGAGCCAGUACUAAGGCUGAAGCCAAGCAGACAGCAGUGGGUAGAGUGGAGCCAGAUGACCUGACAGAUAAGGAGGUUCAGAAAGUAGUGAACUUUGCUGUCAAAACCUACAAUGAUAUGGACAAUGACCUGUACUUUAGCAGACCGAUACAAGUGAUGAGCGCCAGUCAGCAGGUAGUGUCCGGGAAGAACUUCUAUGUGAAAAUAAAGUUUGGCCGAACUACAUGUACCAAAACCCAGUCUGAUUUGGCUGACUGUCCCUUCAAUGAACAGCCAGAUCAGCAGAAGAGAAUAACCUGCAAUUUUGAGAUCAACACUGUGGCCAAGCAAAACAAGAUGUCUGUGACACAUUUCAACUGUUACCAUGCCUGA